CUCAGCCUAGUUCACUCUUUUGAAACUUUCAAACCCUAAUCUAGAUAUGCCAAUCUCUUGACCUACUAAAAACCAGAAAAAAAAAAAAUAACAUCAAGCACAACUAAACACUCCAUGGAAACAAGAUCCGCAAAGAAAAGAAAGCUUUCAAUCUUCUACAGCAACAACAACAACAACAAUGAAGAAGAACAACAGCCAGGCAACGACUACAUCAGCGAACUCCCAGACGCUGUUCUUCACCACAUCCUCUUCCUUCUACCCAUCAAAACCGUCGCCCAAACCAGCGUUUUAUCCAAAAGAUGGAGAUCUCUCUGGUCGACCUUCCCGGAUCUGGACUUCACAACAUUCAAUCCGGUCGCAACUAUUUCCCAUCCGAAUGGGUCAAGAAAAUCACAUGCACAUUCAUCACAUUCACAUUCUUCGAACCCCAAAGGCAUAGACUUCAUUUCCCAGAUUCUAACUCUCCGAAACAAACACUCCGAUAUCAGAGUCCUUCGUUUCCGCGGCCGUCUUAGUUUCUCUCGACUCAACGGCAUGAUUCGCCGCGCUAUCAGACACAAUGUUCAAGAACUCGACGUCGAUGUAGCCACCGACGACUAUUUCAACUUCCCAAGAUGCGUAAUCGCGAGCAAAUCUCUACGCGUUUUCAAAAUGAGAUCGCGCUAUCCUGGGUUUCGUUUAGCUCCAACGUCGAUUAUGAAAAGCGGUUUUCAAUCCCUCCAAUCUCUGUCGCUUUCUCUCAUAAUCCUAUACAACCAGCCCUCUCUCUCAGAUUUGUUUUCCGAUUCGUCUUUCCCUCUUCUCAAGAAACUGAGUCUCGACGCAUGUUUUGGAUUGAAAAUUCUCAACGUUGGAUGCCGAGCGCUAGAAGAUUUGAGCUUAGAGAACUGCUUUCAGCUGCAGUGUUUGGAAAUUUCGUGUCUAAAAUUGGAGAGGUUGCGAGUUGCGAGUUGUUUCGAUGCUUAUAUUGCAAGGAGUUGGGUGAAGAUUGAAGCGCCCAAAGUGAGAAGCGUUGUUUGGGAAUAUAAUGCUGUCACGGAUGGUUGCUUUGUGGUGAACUUGAGUGGUGUGGAAGAGGCUUCUGUUGGUUUUUUUGUACUGCAGGAACAUUUAAGUGUGCCAAAGCUUCAGACUGUUUCCAAUCUUUUAAUGGCACUCUCUCACGUCCGUCGUUUAACACUUGAAAUCCAAUGUGUUGAGAUUAUUUCAAACAAUAACUAUUUUGCAGUUUAUCUGCAACCAUUUAACAACCUCGAGUCCUUGGAAUUGCAUACCGGUUUCAACAAGAACAACGUCCCUGGAUUAGCGUGCAUAUUCAAGAGCUCUCCACUUCUACGAACUCUCAUUCUUAGGAUUAUUAACGAUUACAAGAUUGAAAGGAGGAAAUGGAAUAAGGAUUUGUGGGACAUGUCUGCCACUGAGGAAGAACAAUAUUGGGAAUCACAGGCCGAAACCUUGAAAUCCUUUCUACAUAAUCUUAAGGUAGUAAAAAUCCAUGGAUUUUUAGAAUGCGAGAAUGAAGUUAGUCUAGCAAAGUUCUUGCUCAAGCAUGGAAAGGCUCUGGAAGAAAUGACUUUGUGCACAGGACGCUGCAAAGCUAGAGAUUCUCUUAGGAGACAAAAAAUUAGGUCACAAAUUAUGGGAUUCUCUUGGGCUUCUUCUAAUGCUAAAAUCACAAUUCAAUGA